AUGUAAAAAUAAAAAUACAAAGAUUCAAAAAGUUCUAAACAUUUAUAUCAAAUUUGGUAAACAGAGAAUAAAAUUUUGUGCAAUGGAAAAUUAUUAACAGGGUAUUAAAAAAUUAUAUUAUCACCUAUAGAUCUGAAAAUCAUAAAUUAUUAGCUAGUGUUAGUUUUAUAACAAUUCCUUCAUUUCUAUUUUAUAUAUUUAUGUCCCCUGUAAAAAAUAUCAAAAUAUUAGGAAUUUGCAAAAAAUGGAUAAAAUGGUUAUACUGUUGUAUUUGUGUUGAUCUAAAUAACGAUUUAUGUUUUUCUGUGGUUUACAGUUUGUAUGGAUCCUGGAAUCAUACCUAAGAUAGUAAGAAUUUAAGUGAUAAAAGAGACCUGAAUAUGAAAUGAAUGAGGAACUGUUGGAAGUCCCAUAGAAAUAUUCAAAAGUUGAUUACAGAUUUAUAAUGGACUCAAAAAUGUUUAUAAUAAAGGCUCACUAAUUUAAAUUAAAGUAUUGCUCAACUUGUAUUUAAUAUGAUUUUAUAUUAGGUGCUAUAUAUCGACCUGCAAGAGCCUCUCAUUGUCCUUCUUGUGACAAUUGUGUUGUUAGAUUUGAUCAUCAUUGUCCUUGGAUUGGAUAAUGUAUAGGAAGAAGAAACUAUAUUUAUUUUUAUUUUUUUAUCAUGUCCGUAUCCUUUAAACUAAUAUUUGUAUUUGGAGUAUGUCUCUCUUAUAUUGUCGAUGAAUCUAAGAAAAGAUCAUCAAAUAUGGAAAUAUCAGAUGCCAUUUCAGAAACAUUGGCUUAUAAUCCUGUAAGUAUAAUACUUGUAAUUUAUUCGUUUGGAGUAACACUUAAUAAUUAUAAUUAUAGUUUUCCUGUUUUGUUGUAGGCUUAUGGUUAUUUCAUACUUAUUUGGUUUUUACUAAUAUGACAACUAAUGAAUAUUUGAAGAAACAUUGGAUAGUUGAAAGUAAAAAUCCAUUUAAAAGGUUCCUUAUGUUUUCAUAAUUAGAUAAAAUAUAUUGAAAAACAUUGUAAAUGUACUUACUUGUAUAACUUAACUGAAAUUCUUAGAAUUAAAGUAAUUUGUCUAUUAACCUAAAGAAUAUAUGCAAGUAAAUUAUGAAUCCUUAUAUAUAAAAGAGUCCUAUUAACACUUAGAACCACUUAAAUGAAGUAAAUGACUCCUCGAAAUAUAGGGAAGAAGAUAAGAUUUAAGUUGAAUAUAGAGGAAAGUAAAUGCAAUAAUAAAAUAUUCAAAUUAUUUCAGAAAUACAACCUUGA